ACAUCACCAACCACAUUCUUCAAUGUAAAUGCUGCAUUAGGAUUUCCAGAUCUGAUUGCAUGUGAUCGAGUUACUGAGGAAUCAUAAUGCCAUGUAAAUGUACUGACUGUCUGAAUGGAUUUGAUAUCGGCUUGUCAUUCAACCUGAAAUUACCUCAGCAGUGAAAAUAGGGAGAGGCAAUCCGUAGCUUUCAGGCUUUGUUGUACUGUUCAAAUCUUUUUAUUCCUACACUUCCUUCAACAUUUAUCAAAAAGUACAGGGUUGAUAAUCGUCUAUUGUUUUAACAUUAAGUGCCAUAUAGUAGAUGCCUAGAAAGCAGAUAGAUUCAAAAGUAGAUCGAUUCAUUUCCUGAUUUGUUUAAAUGUGAACAAGAGCUGCUAUUGGAAUUAUAUUGUAUACUACAUGGAUCUUAACUUCAUUAAUACUGUAUGUAGCCUGGUUACAUCAAGGAUAAUAAGGGUGGUUAAAACAAAGGUAAAAGGUGACAAAUUGGAAUGCAAACCUGUUGAAGUAAACAAUUUAAAUGUGGCACCCGACACCACUGAUGCCAAAUGCAUUUUCCCUGUGUUGUGUUGGAAGUGGGUUUGAGGUGUUUUAACAUGAUGUAAAUCCUAACUGAAAAGCCCCUCUUUUUCAGAGGCUGUCUCCCAGCCUGUGGUACACUCCACCUGUCUGUCCCAAGGGAAGGUGCUGCUGGUCUGCACAGUGGAUAAAGGGGAUAAUGCUUCAUUUAACUGGAGUUUAGAAGGAGUGCCGCUGAAUACCAGCCUUGCUUACUUUAGUGAUGAAGAACAUGUUGUAAUAUUGAAGAAGCAUGUCUCUGGUAAUCUUGUCUGCAUUGCUACAAACCAAGUCAACACAAACCAGAGUGACUCUGUGAUAUCAAACUGCUCAGAGCCUGUCUCUAAGCCUGUGGUACACUCCACCUGUCUGUCCCAUGGGGAGGUGCUGCUGGUCUGUACAGUGGAUAAAGGAGAUAAUGCUUCAUUUAACUGGAGUUUAGAUGGAGUGCCGCUGAAUACCAGCCUUGCUUAUUUCAGUGAUAAAGAACACGUUGUAAUAUUGAAGAAAAAUGUCACUGGAGAUCUUGUCUGCAUUGCUAAAAACCAAAUCAAUGAAGAGAAGAGUGAUUCUGUGAAGUCAAACUGCUCAAGUUCUGAACCCAAGAUUAAUCCAACAUCUAUGCCCAAUCUAGAGACCCAGUUCCAUUGCACCCUGGAGAAUGGGACCCUUAUCAAAUUAUCUGGGGGCAAAGAAGGAGAGGCUUUUCAGUUCUUAAUCAAUAAGAGCAUGAUAAUAAUAAACUAUACAAAUGGGACUGCAUUUUGCAGUCUACAAACCUGCUCUUCAAAUUGCUCUGGUAAUUUAACCACAGAGCCUGGUGAUGCCAGUAAUGCAGAAGAUGCCGAUAUUCUUAAAUAUGUCCUUGGUGGAAGUGCUCUUCUUGUGAUCGUCAUGCUUUCAUUUACACUCUUGUGUAUGUGUAAGAAUAAAAAAAGGAAGGAGAAUGCCCAUUCGGUGAUUACACAAAACAGGAGUGAUGAACAGCACGUUUCCCUAUCCACAAUGAUACCAGAGACUGCAAGCACAGCAAUCCAAGAUGACCAGGUUUAUACUCAGGUUGUUAAUAAAGGUGGAAAAAAGAAAUCCAAAUGCAAGCCUAAAGAGGACGGUGAGCUGGUUUACGCCCAGGUUGUUAUAAAAGAAGGCAAGAAGAAACCUAUUCAUGACGAAUCUGUGGUUUAUGAUGAAGUUAAGGGGAAAGACAAGAAUAAUCAACAACAGGAUGACAGCGUGGUUUAUGCUGCUAUUAACAAACAAAGAAAUAUAUAAUUGAAGGCAUUGUUUUUAUAUAUAUAUAUAUAUAUAUAUAUAUAUAUAUAUAUAUAUAUAUAUAUAUAUAUGUGGGUGUAUCUGUAAGGAAUAAACCAUGACAGGCUGUUCAGUUCUCAUGAAAUAUAUACACGCAUGGAUGGUGAUUUUUGUGUUUCUUAGUUCUUUGCAUAAUAAUUAAAACAUUGUGUUUUAAUGUUUUGAUAAGUCAGUUUUAACUUUCUUUGGCUUUAAGUUUAGGAGCUUCUAUUCAGUUCUAGUUGCUGUUUUGUUUUUACAUAUAAAGUUUGUAUCUAAAAUAUGCAAAGCAAUUGCAUUAAGUGUAUUAAUAAAGUUUUUUUUAUUUUCAUUUUUCUUUUUUUUAAGUAGAUGUGUUUCCUAAUGUGUGUUGUAUACUUUUCUGGUAUUUUCUGAAGUUGAUUGCUGUAAAAUAAUACUCCAUUGCAGUCACACAUUUGUAAUUUAAACUUGGUUAUAUUAAACAUGGCUGACUA